GGGCGUUUUUGAUGUCGGUAAUUAAAAGUUUAGAAGUGUCAUUUUGAUUUAUUCAAAAAAUGUGAUAAAUUUUAAGUGUUUUUUUUUAAUUAAUUUACUUUUUUGUUCUUAAAAGGUUCAUUUAAAAUGAGUGACGAUUGUUCUUGCGAUUUAAAUGAACCUAUACCAGCCGCGCCGGACUCCGAUUGUUCUUGUUCCAUAGAUAUCUUUCCUCAUAAAAAGGCUGACACGAAUACGGAGUGUUCAUGUAGCACGCACAUUCCCAAUUUUCACGAUACCCCAAAAGAACCAUCCACAAAAACCGAGUCGAUACUAAAAGCUUGUACCUGCAGCAGUUAUGUUUCUACACAACCUUCCAAAGGUGAUUCCUCUAAAAAAUCGUCGUCAGCGAAAUGUGCUUGUCCUUCCCAGGAUCAAAGCGUUCAAGAGGAACCUUCAAAAAACACGUCGUCGGCGCAAUGUUAUUGCCCCUCUCAGGCUUCUACACAACCUUCCAAAGGUGAUUCCUCUAAAAAAUCGUCGUCAGCGAAAUGUGCUUGUCCCUCCCAGGUUUCAUCUCAACCUUCGAAACGCGAUUCCUCUAAAAAAUCGUCCUCGGUGAAAUGUGCUUGUCCUUCUCAGGUUUCAUCUCAACCUUCGAAAGGAGAUUCUUCAAAAACGGGAUCAACGAGAUGUACUUGCAGCUCCCACGGGAUAAGUUUUGGUGAUAUCGAACCCGAAAAACCCAUAAUACCGGGGAAAAAAUAUCGGAAAUGUGGCUGCCCACCUAAAAGUUCUUUAAAAAGUGGUGCAUCAAAAUGUACAUGCAGCUCUCACGCCGUUAGUUUCGGAGAUACCGCACCUGAAAAACCAAACCCUCCCGAAAAGAAACGAAAAUGCGGUUGCCCACCCAAAGGUACUAGCGUUAAAUCAGCACCACUCCAACCGAUUCUUGAUCCAAAUUGCGACCCCGAUAACCCCAAAAUGCUUUCUUUCGAUGAAGUCCGAAACGCGCGGGCGAAUAUUAAUGGCGCAGUCGUAAAAACCCCACUAAUCAAUUCGAAACUAUCCGAACUAUACGGGAUGAACAUCUAUUUGAAAAAUGAAUUUCUUCAAUACACCGGGAGUUUUAAAGAACGCGGUGCGAGAAAUGCUUUAAUGAACAUGUCGGAGACUCAAAAAAGAGCCGGGGCGAUUUCGGCUUCCGCCGGAAAUCAUGCUUUAGCUCUAUGUUAUCACGGACAAGAGUUGGGGAUUCCGAUAACCGUUGUGAUGCCCGUCGUCGCUCCGAUUAUGAAGAUACAAAAUUGCAAGGAAUUCGGGGCUGAGAUUAUCGUGAAGGGAGCUGAUAUGGUUGAGGCGAAAACAAUCGCGCAACAUUUAGCGCAAGAAAGAGGGGCUCUUUAUAUUAAUGGUUACGAUCAUAUUGAUGUUUUGGCGGGACAAGGAACUUUAGGAAUCGAAAUUUUAGAACAAUUACCUUCAGCUUGCGCCAUUGUGGUCCCAGCGGGGGGUGGAGGAUUACUCGCAGGGAUUGCAGUGGCAGUUAAAUCUUUAAAACCCUGCUCCAAAGUCAUUGGAGCCGAAUCAGAAAACUGUCCAAGUUUUACAAACAGUAUGAAAGCGGGAAAACCAGUCUUAACCCCAUCACGUCCAACAGUCGCAGAUGGCCUUGCAGUUCCACUUCCGGGGUACAACUCGGUCCAUAUUGCAAAAAGCUUCGUGGAUAAGAUGACUGUUGUUAAAGAGGAUGAUAUCACCGUUGCGAUGUUGAGAUUAAUCGAGAAGGAAAAGUAUAUUGUUGAGGGAGCUGGCGCAACAGCUCUCGCUGCGAUAGCUUCCGGGCAAUUAGAUGAAUUUAAAGGAAAAAAUGUUGUUGUAGUAUUAAGCGGGGGAAACAUAGAUUCGACAGUUUUGGGACGAGUUUUAGAAAGAGGAUUAGCCGCUGAGGGUCGCUUUUUAAAAGUUUACGUCACAGUAAGUGAUCGAGCCGGUGGCGUAUCCGAUUUGAUUCGAUUGAUCUCAUCGAUCGGAGUUUCGAUUAAAAAUAUAUCGCAAGAACGCGAAUGGUUAAUAGUGGAUGUAUUCAGCGUGAAGGUGAAGGUUGUGUGCGAAACGAGGGAUUGGGAUCAUGCUUGCGAAUUAAAACAACUCCUCGAACAAAAUUAUAGCGACAUUACCAUGGUUCAUGUUGAUUUUCCGCCUUCUACGCGAUCGGGAAAAACGGAUUAUUAAAUAUAUUUCUUAAAUUAAAAUGAAACUAAAUAUU